UCCCCCCCUAAAUGUAGCUAACUGUACCAAGAGCUAGCUAUAUGAGAUACUGGUUAUCUCAUUAUAAUAGUACGGUUAUUUGAAUUGAAAAGUGUUUCGUGACAUAACAGUAAAGCAAAUAUUAUUGCAUCUGUGACUGAACAUUUCCUCCUCAAUCUGUUUGACGAAUGGGGUAAUUUGAAACAGUCAGCGCAUCACCCGUUGGCUAGCUGUUACGCGUUUAGCCCCUGUUCAUAUAGCUAACUAUAGUAAACCUCAGUGGUUUAGACAGUUACUCGGCCUUGGUCAUAUUAGCUAGCUGGUUUAGAUAAAAUAUGUUUUUUGACAAAGCAUACAUUUUGGGUGUUGUUUUAUAAAAUGGAAGAGCCCUGGGAUUUCGAGUUUUUAUCCCGCAUUGUGGACGGGUUUGUUUCGUUUCUUUCCGAAUUUGUUGACGACUGGCUUGCUAAUGAUAUGAGAGUGUCAAUAUUCAAGAUAUUGUUUAGUUGGCUCGUUGUCAGUCUCAUUGCCAUCCAUUUCGCUUGGAAAUUUUACGGAAACACUGUGAACGAUAUGUAUUACCGACAAGGUACUGGUGGAAAGAAUGGAGGCACACCUGACACUGCACCUCACAGGAGCGGAUGGUAGGUGUCCAAGCAUCCAUGUCUCCCUCCAGGGAGAGUGCGGCAGGAGACAACCUCAAGACACAUCGUGAGUGACAGACAGGACAUAAGUUGGACUACAUACAAUUUGCUCUCUUGUCUUAUCAGACAGGGUUGCUGAGUAGACACAGACUUGCUAAUGUUGUGCCUUUUCAAAUGGACUGGAGUUCAUUGAUGAGGUGGGCCUGUGGAAGCUUCCUUUGAGCUGAAGAAGUUUCUCCUUGUUGGUUGUCAUGACGAUAUAACGAUAUAAACACCAUGUAAUAUGCUAAGAUAUUCUCUCAUAUGCCAUAUCUUUUUUAAUCUCAUAUCUUUUUAAAUUUAGCUCCUCUGGCUCAUGUACAAUUUUACCUCCUUUUAUUGGAGAGACAUUCAAAUAUCCAUCUGGCUACAUAUCCACUGAUUGAUAUAGAUUUACAUGAAAUGUUAUUCUAAUCUAGACAGAAUCUGGAGAGACUCAACAACAAAUGCUGUGAGAGUUGUGGGUUGGUGUGACUGCAGUUAUGUUCGUAACAUAUUGUAUGAGUAAGGAGCUGUUCAGAGAGAUGGUUUCUGUUUUUAUUUUUGCUGGAGCAAGGCUACAUAGUAAUCCAUGAAGAUUGCGCUGGAGCAAGGCUACUGUGGAGAGCGUGGUCAGAGAUAGAGGUCUUACAUCAAACAGCAGCUUUCCUCAAAUUCAUAUUUCUUAUUAUUGACAGCCUGAGCCCUCAAUGACUGUCUUUUGAUUGUUAUGAAAAUAUAAAACAGUGAAGACUGGGGUGCGUUCAGUUUGAUUGAACAUUUGCUACAUUGUUUAUCUGUUUGUACUAAAUGACACGUUUCCCCAAAACGUUAUUGAACAGAUGUUGCGGUAGGUUUGCUCUGUUUCGUGGGUCUGACAGGUUGAUGCUUGAAGAAAGUGAGUGACGUAUUUAAAGGUAAGCCGCCAUGCUGACAGCCUUCCACAACCCAACCCCUCCCCGUUUUUAACUGGCCAUUUAGAACAGUACCGUUUCCAUUUGAUUGAAUGUUGGAGUAUGUUUUUUUUGUACUGAACGCAGCCCUGUCUUCUGAUUGCUGUGAAAAUAUUAAACAGUGAAGGCCAAUAAUGAUUUUUAUUGUCUCAGGUACAGGUUGGUACCUGUAGCAGUCCAAUGGAGUAGGCACAUUGAUUGUACAUUUUAUGUUAUGGUCUUGUGCAGUUGAUUGGUACAUAAAUCAUUUUGUUUAAAAUUCUAAUUUCCUAAUGUUUUGUUUUUUUCAUUGUCUAAAACGAUGUCUAGCACACAACUUAGUCCAGCAGAUAGGUGACAUAAUUCUUCCAUUUUAUGAUACAAGUAUCAAACUUGGUACACUAAUACUAGAUACUUUAAGGAACAGUUUAAUAUUUUUUUGCAGCCUGGGAAGCUUGUCAGUCAACCAUGGUGGCUAUUUUUAAUAACAUGUUAAUGUUAAUAAACCUGUUAGAAGAAAAUAGAGUAAAAUCAUUCCAAACAAUAUCAAAAUAACUCAUUUAUCUACCCACUAUAUUACCCCAGAUAUAGACAAAUCUGAUCAUAAAGUACUCUUAAGACCUUAAUAGGGGUCAUAUUGAGGUCACUUUGACCAUAGUCCAGCAGCUUUGUGAGAAAAUGAUAGAGCCACCAAAUUUCACACAUUGCUACGGCAUGUCUAAAUAACUAUUUUUGUAGUGCCAUCGCAGAUUUGGUCAAUUACACCACCCUGGCGUCAUUUCCAAUAUGGCCACUGAAAAAUAGGCUAAGAAAUCCAAGAUAGGGAAUUAGUUGGAUAGAUGUCACCAGGGGUAUAAUUCAAUUCAUUUAGACAAGAAGUUUCUGAUUUUUUUCAAUGUUACGAAGAUGAAAAUAGGCUGCUCUUGAAAUAUUUUUGACACGUUCAUCGAAGGCAAUAUCAGGGUCCAGAGUAACGCCAAGGUCCUUCAGUUUUUAUUUGCGAUGACUGUACAACCAUCUAGAUUUACUCUGCUCUGGUCAGAGAGCAAGGAGACAGAGCCAAAGUUCACAUAUUUAUUAUGGACUUGUGGUUGGACAUGGUAAAGUUGGAUUUGUGUGUGGUUCUGAAACAAAGGAGAGACAUAAGCAAGUUGCAUAAUGUAAAAAGGUGAUAAGGAUGAUUAUAUUAAACAAGGAAAAGUAUUACGUAACUAAAAUAUACAAGGAAAUAGGAAAUGUACUUUUAACACAACUGGAAAGAAACUUGAGUAACUGCUUGACAGGCUCAUUCACACCUUGAGUUUCUAUUUAAAUCCUAUCAGGGCAGUCCUGAUAAUUAGUGACAAGUGUGUGGCAUUGAGAAAGAGUCAACAGGUGAAAAUCAACUUGGUUGAUUAAAGUCAUCUCUGUAGUAUUAGAGAGGAACAUCCAAAGUGAGAGGGAUAACUGGACCCAAAAUCUGUCUUCUCCAGCAGACCCUCUCAAACAUUUGAAACCAUCAUUGGGCUGGCACGGCGUACAGAGUUAAGCUCCUGAAUGGUGGCACCAGCACCAGCCAGUCUACGUGUAACAUCCUGUUUGUCUUGAAGAGAGAUUGGUGGGACUGGUGCAGGCAAGAGUGCAGACCCUCCUCCUACACACACACACAAGACCCAAGCGGACCCUCUACAGUAAGAAGUAUGGAGUGGAUCUGAUCAGGUACACACAUGCAGCCAACACCGUGGUCUACAGCUUCAACAAAAUUGAUGACACUAUCCGGUACCUCUCCCUCCAUGACAACAAGUACAUUCGGUACUUCCCCGGACACAACAAAAGGGCCUGAUGCACCUCCAGGGGAAGCCAGUUUGCUCCUUUGACCCUGGGGGUCUGAUUGUUGCUGCUGGUGUGAACUCUGAGAUGGUCAAAUUGUACGACCUGCGAUCCUUUGACAAGGGUCCUUUUGCUACCUUCAAGCUACAGUACGACCGUACAUGUGAGUGGACAGGACUCAAGUUCAGCAAUGAUGGGAAGCUCAUCCUUGUCUCAACCAAUGGGGGUGCUCUCCGCCUCCUCGAUGCCUUCAAGGGCGCUGUGAUGCAUUCCUUUGGGGGCUACAACAACAGUAAAGCUGUGACGCUGGAGGCCUCCUUCACUCCUGACUCUGUUUAUUAUGAUUGUUAAGUCCACAAGGAACGUGAGGCUCUGAGGAUGGGAAGAUCCACAUGUGGAAUGCAGAGAGUGGGAUGAAGGUGGCUGGUCUGGAUGGGAAGAUCCACAUGUGGAAUGCAGAGAGUGGGAUGAAGGUGGCUGGUCUGGAUGAGAAGAUCCACAUGUGGAAUGCAGAGAGUGGGAUGAAGGUGGCUGGUCUGGAUGGGAAGAUCCACAUGUGGAAUGCAGAGAGUGGGAUGAAGGUGGCUGGUCUGGAUGGGAAGAUCCACAUGUGGAAUGCAGAGAGUGGGAUGAAGGUGGCUGGUCUGGAUGAGAAGAUCCACAUGUGGAAUGCAGAGAGUGGGAUGAAGGUGGCUGGUCUGGAUGAGAAGAUCCACAUGUGGAAUGCAGAGAGUGGGAUGAAGGUGGCAGGUCCCAUCACCUGCCUUCAGUUCAACCCCAAAUUCAUGACUUUUUCUAGUGCCUGUUCAAACAUGGUUAUGUUGAAAACACACAAUCUCACAUACAGAAUGCUCAGUAAAUCUGUUUUGUCCUCUGCAGGCAUUCUGGCUCCCCACUAUUGAUGAUUGAUUGAGAGAGCGAGAUGCUAUAGAAGCCACAGGCAACGUGAGAUCCCAUUUAAAACCAGCAGGCGUCAGCACAUCCAGCUCUUUGUGUGUGUGUGUGUGUGUGUUGCCAAUUCAAGUUGAUUGUAAAUAUGUAGAACUUCAGGAAUAUAAAUGGUCAGAUUGUUGUGUUCUUUUUAUACUUGUAACAUUAAAUGUUUUAUUUUUUAACAAG